AUGGCGGCUGAGGUAUUGGGCCAGCAGGUUAUAAUUGGCUUUGUUUCUGGAAGUCGAUAUGAGUGUUUGAGCAAAACCAUCGCCAGAAUUGAGUUGAACAAAGUUAUUGUUCAGGUGAGUCUGGCUAGAACAUUCUUCGAGUCUUUCCUGUUCAACUUGACAAGGGCGAGCGCUUUAAUUACCAACUGGACUUGGCUUCACCAAUCAUAG